UUGUGCUCCCGGUCGAAACACUCGCCGAGGAUCCUCUGACACCCUUCAAUGUGAGCUCAGCCGCCGCGGGUUCCACAGCCACGAGAGGGGGGACGUCUCGCCUCCAGUGCUAGCCAGGGAGAAGGGAGCGCAGUCGGAUCGCCACCAGCUCACGGCUGGAUCGUGAACUUUGGAUUCGGUCAUCAAACACGUCCGUUCCCCAUUUUUGUCUUCAUCCACGGUGGAAACAUGGGAGUCCAGUCGUCCAAGGGUGGAGUAGCUGUGGAGGGCAAAGCCGCCGCGGACCCCGCUGCCGCGAAAGCCAACGGCCAGGAGAACGGCCAUGUGAAGACCAACGGGGACGUGUCUGCCAAGCCUGAUGGAGAAGCGGCAGCCGCAGAUGGAAACGGAACAGCUGAAGCAGCCAAGGAGGGGGAGGCCAGCGCCGGAGAUGCCAUCGAGCCCGCCCCUGCAGCUGAGGGAGAGGCUGCCAAGACCGAGGGCGAGCCUGCCAAGGAGGUCAAGAAGAAGAAGAAGUUCUCCCUGAAGAACUCCUUCAAGUUUAAGGGCAUUUCGCUGAAGAAGAGCAAGAAGGCCAGCGAGGAAGGCAAGGAGGAGGCCACCUCCCCGUCCACUGAGGACAAGCCCGAGGAGAACGGCCACGCUGCCAAGGAGGCCACGGAGGAGACGCCGGCCGCCGAGCCCAAGGAGGGCGGGGACGCCGCUCCCGCUGCGGCGGCCGCACCUGAAGGCGAGGUCACGCCUGCAGAGGAGGCUCCAUCCACAGAGGCCGCUCCAGCCGAGGAGGCCCCCGCCGAGGACACGACGCCACCUGCCGCCCCCGAGGGCGAGGCCAAGGCAGAGUGACUGCUCCCCGCCGCCACAUCUGAACUGACUCUCCAAGAUGAAAGUAUAUAAAUAUAUAUAUAUACACACACACACAUAUAUAUAUAUAUAUAUAUAUAUGAAAGACGUGUGCCACGUUCUCAAAGUUCUAAAGAAAGCUCCAGAAGAAGACGAAGGAUAUGUCACCUUUGCUGAUUCAACCACCGGUUCACUGCCUCGUCUUCGUCCUUCGACAGACAGCGUCUCGCCGGACCCUCUGAUGAUGAAAGCUUGAGGAGAAGGUCGCCGAUUGUAUGCGGAGCGAAUCAGGAAUACUGACCUCGGAGAAGCAUCCUGUUCAACUGCGUGGCAGCCCUAUAACUUUUGAUUUGUCAUUGGUCAUCAUUUUGGGAUGGAAAAGAGUGUCGCUGUCCUGGAGCGGGGCAGGCCGCCGCCCUCACUCCAACUGACUGUUGUAUGGACACACAAAACCUUUCCGACGGUCCUAAUCCUUUCUAGAAUUCUGCGUUCCUAUAUUUGACCCCCAAAUUCCCAAGUAUUUUGUCAUGUAUAGAAAAGUGAAAAAUGAGCAGGGGAGUCUUUGUUUGUGCGUUUUCAUUCCUUUCUGGCGACAGCAGCCUUCCAGCUUCCUGACUAUGGCAGUCUUCUCAUGUCAGUGGUUGGGACUGUGUACAAACAGACGUGAGCUUGUUCUCUGUAAAUAUGUUCCGGCCUGGAUCUCGGGUUCUCUUUCUUUUGCUAUGGUUAAGAUGUUUUAUUGUCUCUUUUACUAAGGCUAAAUAAAUGUCUGAUCCCCUC